AUGAUAAUUAAUAAUUAUUUAAUAAUAUUUGGAUAUUAUACUUCAAUAACUUUUUGGGUUAUUUCAAUUUUAAUUUACAUUUUAAAGAUAUUUAAUGAUGAUUUUGGUACUUUCACCUCUUAUGGAAAAUUAAAAUUUGGUUUAAAUAGUAAAGAAAAAAAGGAAAAUAAGAACAAAAUUAAUGAUAAUGAACAAAAUUCUAUAACUUCAAUUUUAAAUUUAUUCUUUUUAGAUAAAGAAAUAAUAGAUACAAAACAAGCAUGGAUGCUUUUUUAUACAGUUUUAUUAGUUUUAUCAAAUUUAUUCUUUUUUAUUUUAUCGGAGGAAAAUGAUAAAAGUACAUCAACACAAAUUUUAUUUAUUUUAUUUUUCAUUCAAGCUGGGAGAAGAUUAUAUGAAACUCAUUUCAUUCAAAAGCAUAGAAAAUCAGAUAUGAAUUUAUUAUUAUUUAUUUCAGGUUUAUGUUAUUAUAUAUUUUUAACAUUAUCAGCAUUCACUGAAACAAUUUAUAAAAUUAAUCAUUCAAAAUCUGAAACUAUAUCAAUUAAUAUUUUCAAUUUAUUAUUAUCACUUUUAUUAUUUUCAAUUGGUUCUUUUGAACAAUUUAAAUCACAUGAAAUUUUAUCAUUAAUUAGAAGCAAUAAAACAAAUUUGUCCUCUUCCUCCACAACCAGAACCACCACCACUACUAAUAAAAAUAAAACUAAAAAUAAUAUUUUAAAUAAUAUUAUGGGUUUUGAAGUUGAUGAUAGUAGUGAUGAAGAUGAUAAUGAUAAUGAUAAUAUUCAAAAUAAGAAUUUUGAUGAUAAAAUUGAAUAUAAAACAACACCUUCUACAAAAUAUGAAAUACCAAACGGUAGAUUAUAUCAAUAUGUAUCAUCACCUCAUUACUUAUCAGAGAUUUUAAUUUAUUUUUCUUUUUUGAUUUUAACUAAUUUCAAAUUGAACUCUUUAAUCGUCAGAUUUGGUUUUUAUUAA